AUGCAUCAUGUCGACGGCACAGCAGCUCCUCCCAAGACCGUUGACAAUGCUCGUAACCCGGCCUAUGAGUCGUGGUUUCUUAAGGACCAAAUGGUUCUUAGCUGGAUCCUUGGCUCGUUGUCUGAGUCCGUGCUAUCUCAGGCAGUCGGAACCACUACCGCAUUCGCAGCUUGGACAAAGCUGCAUCAAACUUUUGCUUCCGGAUCUCGGGCUCAAAUCCGGACCCUUAAAGGCUCUCUUCAUUCCUUGUCUCGUGGCGAUGAUUCAAUCGUUAUAUACAUGGAUCGUGCGAAACAGAUUUUUGAUCAACUCGGGGCUCUAAAUGCGGCUAUUUCUGAAGACGAUCUUGUCGAUCAUAUUUUACGAGGACUUGGUGCCGAUUAUCGACCAUUCGUUCGCAAUCUAGAGGCAAAACUACAGUCAACAUCCUUUGAUGAUUUGUUUGGCUUAUUACUUUCUGAGGAAUUACAAUUGAAAGCUAUUCAAGAGCCUCUUCAUCCUACUGCCGUUGCCCACUUUACCGGUCGGUAG